AUGCGCAGGUCCUUCAUUCUUGGGAGACCUUUCCUAGCCACUACUAGAGCCAUCAUUGACAUGAAGAAUGGAAAGAUUACCUUUAAAGUGGGUAAUAAGAAGAUGGAGUACAAUCCCACAAACUCUAUGGAAGCUCCUUCAUUUCGGGAGACUAUCUAUAGGGUGGAUGUUUUAGAUGAGGCAAUUGAGGUAAAAGCUUUUAGUCUACAACUUGAUGAUUCGCUGCAAACUGUUCUCAUGGGAAGUGCCGAUGAAGAGGAUUGGGAAACUACGACGUACAAGAGGCUCUUAGAGGAAUUCCGUUCAUUACCUAGUGAUGAUCCUAUCAAGGAGUUGUUGACACGAGGAAUUCUUGUGAUCGUUGUCAAAGAACUGGGAAUAUCUCUAGGAGGAAUAAUACCUCUAAACAACAUUCUUGCGGUCGAAUCAUUUGAUGUAUGGGACAUAGAUUUCAUGGGUCAUUUUCCUUCAUCAUAUGGGAAUCGGUAUAUUCUAGUUGUUGUGGACUAUGUCUUAAAGUGGGUUGAGGCUAUUGCCACUCCUACUAAUGAUGCUCGUGUGGUUCAAAAGUUCUUUAAGAAGACGAUUUUCCCUAGAUUUGGAGUACCACCAGUAUUGAUUAGUGAUGGAGGUACGCAUUUUGUCGAAAAGAAGUUUGAAGCUAUGUUGAAGAAAUAUGGAGUACAUCAUCGAGUGGGGCUCUCAUAUCACCCACAAACUAGUGGCCAAGUGGAUAUUUCUAAUCGAGAGAUCAAAACUAUCUCAGAGAAGACAGUUGCAAGAUCAAGGAAGGAUUAG